AUGAGUGAGAAAGAUCCUUUCAAGGAUCUUGCUUUUUCAGGUGCGCCGUCAGAGUAUCGGUUAUUCAGGAGGAAGAUCUUGCUGAGUGUGGCAUCUCUUGAGGAGAAGCACCUGUACCUAGCCGGCCCACGGAUCUUGAAUCGACUUCAAGGUGAGGCUUGGCGGGCGACGGAGCAUCUCUCCAUCGGCGAGUUGCGCACUGAGCAAGGAUGGCUCAAAGUCUUGAGGGCCUUGGACGAUCACUACAGGUACCUUCCAGAGACUGAGCUGAAUGAGUGUGUGGAUGAGUUUCUCUUCCAUCUUAAGCGUCGGGGCAAUGAGGGCCCGACAGCUUUCGUGUCGCGCUUCAAGGCGGUGUUGAGCAGGCUGGAGACCCUGGUGGCAGCUGAACGUGCCCAGCAGAAGGGCUCGACUAAGCGCCGGAGGCCGGUCGACAAGCACGCCGACAGUGAAGCCGAGCAGCAAAGCAGCAGCCUGAGUUCGGACCAUGCGGCCGAUGACGACGACGAACCCAGAUUGACCAAGGACCGCGUCGAUCAGGCGGCGGCCGCCUCCGAUCCAGCGGCUACAGCCAAGGCGAGUCCUGGGCCAACCACAGAAUCCAAGGGCCCUAAGACGGUUGGCAGCUUUAUCGACUCGCCCAAGGGGAAGAAGAAAACACCUUCUUCCGGUGGCGGAUCUCACCGGAGCAGAGGCACACAUCGUGCCGACGAAGAGCGGGCGAACCGCCGCAUGCUGGAGGACCUCGGCAAGCUCGAGGUUGGGCACCUGCGUGUGAAGCCGAUCUUCCCCGAGGUGAUCCUGGGCCACUUGUUCAUGAGGAAGUACGGCCUGACCAGAGAGCAAAGGAGCCAAGUGAUAAGGUCUACCGGGGGCUCCUGCAAGUUCAAGGACGUCGAGAAGGUUAUCCGUGCUUCCGACUACGAAGACAAGAUGAAUGAACCAGGCACCCGACAUGCCCCACCUCGGCAAGGUCGCUCUACACAUGUUCUCGCCGCCGACGAAGCAAGCAGCCUGAGUGAGCCCACCUACUCCGAUGAUGAAGAAAUACAUGAGGCUGAUGAGAGCUUCGACGAAGAGGGCGACGAGGAGCUGGAAGAAGCUUACGAAGUCCAGAAGAGGGCAAAACACGAGGCUAAGAGAGCCUAUCGGUCCUACAAAGAUAGCAGGAAAAAGGUGCGAGAGAUCAAGAAAGAAAGGCAGCCCUACAUGCCGGCGGUUGCCUUGCCGCCCAAUGCGUCAGCUCCAAGUGACGCCCUGCCGGUGCAGCCCACUUUCAAAUACGACAAGAAGCCGCCCAGGCGUCCGGGCAAGGACGCCAAAGGCGGUCGCAAGGGCCGCAAGGAAGACAUCAAUAUGAUCGAGACCGAGCCUCUCAGCGAGUUCUUGUACAUGGUCUCGGCCGUGUCCGAUGAGAAGACGUCUGAGAAUGAGAUCGUCCUCGAGAUCUGCUCGCUGACUGUCCCGGCCGGGCUGGCGGUGAUCGACACCGGCUGCACUACGUCAGUGGUGGGAGAAGACACUGCGAGGCGGUAUAAGAUCUACUUCCGCGAGCGGGGCCUCCCUGAACCCCAGGAGGUCUCUCUACCUCCCGUGCAACUGAAGGGCUUCGACGGUACCAGGACCUCCACCAGCACGGGACUGCGCUGGACCGUCAAACUCGGGAAGCUGUGGGGUCAAGUGACCACAUACUCGGUCCCGGGGCAGGCUCCCUUUCUCCUGUCGCGGAAGGUCUUGCAAGGGAUGGAGGCUACGAUCGACUUGGGCAAGUGCACGAUGACCAGCGCCAAGCACGGGAUCCAAGAUGAGCCGCUGAUGCAGGCGCCCAAUGGGCAUAUGCUUCUCCCUCUGGUUCCCUCCGAUGGCGUCGAAGAUCUCUUGCAGGUACGGGAAGUGCCGUCACGAUGUACCGAGCCGAGAGCGGUCUUCGAACGGCCGGGUGCGUGCAUCUUUGCUUACUGCUACGGUGAUGCCUCACAGGAGGAAAUCAGGUCUGUCGAGAGCAACCAAGCAACGUGCGGCACCCCUGCCAGGACCGUGCUUGCCAAACGGCAGAAGGAGCGGCCGUUUCUUCGCUUGUUUGAACAGACCUGGUCUCUGCAGACCAUGCUCGGUCCUGCCUAUGAAGUCGACUUCGAUAUGUGUGCCGUAGGUAGGUGUAAGUGCCCGGGUCACGCCGAGCAUGCUCACCUGACUGGGCAGCGACAUGCACAGUGUUCGGAGGUGUAUCCUCGGAAGCUUUGCCGCAGAAUUGCAUCAGUGUUUGCCAGCCGUGACAAGCAUGUGACUCCCGUCCAUGACAUUUUUCUGGAAACUGAUGAAGAGGCAGACUCUGAGCGCGAAAGCGAACCCGCAGAUGAGGCUGAGGGCAAUCCGGCCAUGCAGGCAGCGAACCGCAGGUCGUAUGCGGCCAUGAUUCAGAAACUUCACGUGAACACCGGUCACGCCUCAGUCCCUCAGAUGCUCCGUCUAGCCCAAAGGGCCAAGGCUCCAGCAGGAGUCGUGGCAGCUAUCCGGAAGUUCAAGUGUCCAGUGUGUGACGAACUCCAGGUUCCACCAUCGCACCGGGUAGCUGCGUUAAGGCACACUGAGACUCCGAACCAUAUAGUCGGGAUAGAUGUCGUGCAAGUUGAGCUCAAGCGAGACACGUCCUCAGGCAUUGUAGAACAGAAGUAUAAUGUCCUUACGGCUGUCGACUAUGCCACAGACUUUGCUCAGCAGAUCGUGUUGCCCACUGGACCGGGAGUGGUUAGCCGUGCUUUCCAUUCUCUGUGGUGCCGGCCAUACGGGCCCCCACGAGUAGUCUACGUCGACCCGGACCAAAGGUGGAUGUCGGGAGAGUUCCAGGAAUAUCUCCGACAAAACUCGAUUACACUGUUAGACUCGGCAACCGAAUCUCACUGGCAACUGGGCCGGGUCGAGAUUGCACAACGAAUGAGCAGCUUAAGCGUCAUGGGUUCUCUAGUGCCCAAUGGUUUCUUGGACGCGAGCCUCGAGUCCCCGGAUUUUGCUCAAAAAAUGCAAAUUCGCCAGCGAGCUGCCGAAGCCUUUAUCGAGGAUGAAGUUGCGUUCCGGCAGCUUGCUCAGCAAUACCAUGCUGGCCAUCUCCCCGCGGAGAUGGAACAGGUCACCCCUUCCCGACGGGGUCCGGCCGGAAGAUUCUUUGAUCUGACUGCGGAUCCUCCCGGAGCAGAAGACUUCCUCACACCCCCGGCUUCAGACGAAGAGGGCGGACCAUCCGCCGAUACCAAUCCCGAAAACGAUCACCCUGACAGAAAUGUCCGCCGCAGGAUAACUCUAAGUGAAGAACACUGGCGGGAGAGAGCCGCAACCGCAUCUCCGCGGGGUCCUGCACAGGUCAGGUUUCGUGAAGAGCCCGGUCUUUCCGAAGAGGGCGUCGAGCUCCCAGCAGAUAAGGCUCCACGACUUGAGCAAGAACCCGAGCUAGACCCUGAUCUAGCCGAGUAUUCCCCGUCUAUGCCAGACUCUACUAUGGAAGAUCCUGUUGGUGUAGCUCCGUCAUCGUCUGUCGGACCCGAGGCCUCCGAGCCCGCCGCGGAAGAAGAUUUGAAUAAUGUUUCCACAUGUUGUGAAAUUGCUUUCGAUGUCUUUGAUGUCGACCUGGACGCCAACGGCCUAGGUUUGUGGAGUGCCUUAGAAGAGUGCGUCGCCGUGACGGCCAAACCUGGCCAAAAGCGUCGUGUCGAAGUGAGCUUCCGCAAGCUGGGCCCGGAGGACCGUGCCAAGUUUCGCAGUGCAAUGAAGAAGGAAUGGCAAAGCUGGCUAGAGAAUAAGGUACAAGAGUUCAUGAACCUUAGUGAAGAUGACGUCCUCCGGUUAGAGAAGGCCGCUUAUGGUUUAGCUGAGGCUCCUAGAGCGUGGUUCCUUCGGCUCACACGUGAGCUGUUAGCUGUAGGGCUAGUUGUGUCGCAGCUUGAUCCUUGUGUGUUUUGCCUUCGAGAAGAAAACACGAAUAAGCUCCUAGGAGUGUGUGGAGUUCAUGUGGACGAUCUUCUUGGCGGGGGAACGUCUUGCAUGGAUCAGUGCUUAGCCAAACUUCGUGCGAAACUGCCUUUCGGAGAAUUCCGCAAGAAAACGAUUAAGUACACAGGCGCCGAAAUUCGCCAGAACGCCGAUUUCUCGAUUGAAGUGACUCAAGAAGCUUAUGUUGACAAACUUGAGGAAGUCAGCACAAAACCGUUUGGCAAAGCAUCCGACUCGCUCAAUGAGCCGACCUUGAUGCGUGCUUGUUGUGGCCAGCUCGCCUGGGUGGCGAACCACACUCGUCCCGACCAGGCCUUCCUUGCGUCCUAUCUCCAAGGCGUUCAGGACAAAGCCCUUGUAGCCCAUCUUGAUCUGUACAACAAGGCUGUUCGGGAAAUGAAAAGCCGCAAGGUGUGCCUACGUUUUCCUCCGGUCCCCCUUGACCGCUGGCGUCUGAUCGUGAUCACUGAUGCCGGCUGGGGCGUUCGAGCCAACGGCGAAUCACAAGGUGGCCUCUUGCUGUGUCUUUGCGACCAAGAUGUCUUAGAUCAGAAGCCGGGUAAGACCUGGGUUGUCGAAUGGUCAUCCAAGAAAUUAAGGAGAGUUGUUCGCAGCUCUACCGCUGCAGAGACACUGGCCGCUCAGAACGGCCUGGAUGCCAUCGAGUUCGCUCAGGCUUUUCUUCAAGAGGUUGUCCACGGCAUGAGUCCGCGCCAGUUUCAGCAAUGGGUUCCCGAGCAACCGUCCGGCCUGGUGAUAGAUAGUAAGUCCCUGUAUGACGCCCUCACUAGGUCAGCUUGCAGCAGCGCUCUUGCUAUGGAAAAGAGACUGGCGAUAGAUUAUGCCAUUGCCAGGGCAUGCCUCGCGGAACGCCAUGUGCGUCCUUACUGGACAAACAAUCUGCAGAUGAUUUCCGACUGCCUGACCAAGCUCCGUGGAAAUAAGGAGAUUCUGUUCCGCAUGCUUGAUUCGUGCACGUUCCACGUGAGACCAAGCAAGGAGUCAGGUCGAAAGGAAGCAGCCCGUGCCAAGGGUGGCCCUAGUUAG